GUCAUUCGCUUACUUCGACCCACGUCAUGUCGACAAUCGGGAAUCUCAAAUCGCGUCGUUAAUGGUAGAAUAUCAAGCUGUGUGAAUUUUACAGUUAGCGUACUGUUUGCAUUUCUACACGCGUUAUGAAAACUUAACAAAACUUUCAUUUUGUAUUGAUUAACCACGCAAGUAAUAAAAAUAAUUCCUCAUUACAUGUUCGUCCGGCGACAGUAUUGAUUGACACAGUUUUCAUUAGCCAUGGCUUCAAAAGCGCCUAAUAUGUCGAGUAAAAAGUCCGUAAUAUGGGCCUACCUGUUCUGGUUGACCACCGGUAUAUUUGGGGGACAUCAUUUCUACCUGCGACGGGAUAGGCACGCCUUUGUAUGGUGGACAACUCUGGGAGGGUUUUUCGUCGGCUGGCUGGGAGAAAUAUUUCGUAUCCCUAGGUAUGUAAGAGAUGCUAACGAAGACCCUAAGCAUAUGGAGGAGCUCGCCCACAGAAUGAUCCAGAACAAGAAGCCACCAUUCUCCAUGAAUCGGUUCACGGGUAUGCUGAUGGUCGGCUAUUCCUGGGGACAAAUGACAAUGUUUGCUAUACCACCUGACUUCUGGGGCAUGAAUCUCAAGUAUCUUAACCUCCUGAUACCGUUGUCAGUUGCGCUGGGUGUAUGGACAGUGGGCAACAUUGGACGUGAACAGGGCUCUCUGAAGUGGCCACUCAUUGGCGCUUACCUCGGCUAUCCGGUUCGUUAUUACGUGUACGACGAUAGUCUCUGGUUUACCGUCAUGCUACUUGCCUCGGCCUGCGCCUUCGACUCCUACUCCAAGGAAUGGAGGCGAACUCCUAAGAAGAAGACCCAUAUUGCCAAGCGUGUUGUUAUCCUCGGGGUUUGUGCGGCCCUGUACCUUGGACUCUGGUGCAGCUACCUGUACUUCCACGGGACGAUCACAGACAGCGAGGGUGACGAGGUGCCAAUAUACGAAGCUCUGCAUCAUUUCUUCACUAGUCCGUGGUGGUUGGAUGUGAAACAAUGUCUCCUGGAAACUUACCAGUAUGCACAGCACCAUGGUUGGUACGAGGUCUGGAAGCAGAUAAUAGACCUGUCUGAUCCACAUGGAGAGCAAAACGCCUAUAAGACUGCUCUAAGGAAUCUGAAUAUGGUGGAUAUGUGCCCCGUAGAAACUCUGACAGCGGCUUCUUUAAGUCGAAGGGUUCUGGGUGUUGACCGGGACGCCAGCCAGCAAGAGAUCACGUCGACGUGGAGGAAGCUGUCGCGAGAGCAUCAUCCCGACAAAGUGAAGGACGAGAAAGAGCGCAGGGCUGCCCAAGAACGCUUCAUGGAAAUCCAACAGGCCUACGAAAUCCUAUCCAACAGCAAGCACCGCAGAAACCGUCGCAAUAAAAAAGACAACUCCGAACCAAGUGCUACCAAAAUAGAUUUGUAGGAUCAACUCAAAGGUGACCCGUACUUGCUCAUCUGCGAGUCUUGGGAUCACUUUUUGGGAGCAUUAUUACUCAAACUACGAAAAUUAAUCAUCCUGUCUACGUAUGGGUCUGUGAUUUUCGUAAUUUAUAUGGGAGUAAAACCUUUUCAUAAUUAUCAGCAAAAGUUCUUUGAUGAUUGAAUUCUGGAUUUCCCGAAGUGAUGCCUAGAAUAUUCGCGGAAGUACGUGCCACCUUUGAAGCAAUUUUAACGCAUUUAAUCAGUGGAAUUUCAAACAUUAAUAGACUUUACUUAUCUACUUUUUAAACCUGAUUCAUCGUAAAUGGACAGUAUAUAUGAUAUCAAGUAUUAUUAUGGGAAACAAAAUCUAUAGCAAUACACAAUUUAUUGCUCUAUUUGGCGAAGAACUAGAUACGGCUUGCAUGUUUUUAUAAUUAGAAUUGGCUAUCAGUAGUAUAUUAAAAAUAGUUGAAGCAGUUUUCCCGCGGUGUAUAAACAAACAAAAAAGGUUUCCUCUAUAUUGUAUUAGUAUAUAUGUUAUAGGCAAUGUGUAUUAUCCGGCAUUGUAUAGAAUGCGUAGUAUUUACUCAAAAUAAUAACUGUAUUCAACAAUUUUCUACUUUUAAACAUUAUCUCAUUAAGCCGUAUAUAUUGCAGGGCCUGAUAUACCUACCAUUGUCCGAAAAAUAUUAUUUAUUUAUUUAUAUUUAUUUAUAAGUAAAGGGUAUUAUAAGCCAACUGGGCUACCAUUUCAGCUUACGCUUUUUGAGUAUUUUUAAUUGUAAAAAGGGAAGGUGUUUGAAACACCCUUGCUAGCUUACCUGCAAUUACUAUUUAAUCCAAUACACCUUAAACGUUCAAUUAUAUCACUCGGUAGGAAUAUGUAUAAACUUUCAACGACUGUUUUACAGUAGGUAUCUUAUAAAUGUAUAAAUAAGUAGAAAAUAAUAAUGGCUCAACAGUGUGGUCAACUGCAUAUAAUCUCGAAUUAAUAUUAGUAUUUUAAAUUAUUGAAGAACUGAUGUUAUUUUAUAUGCAUUUAAAACACCAAAUUUAUUUAGAUUAUAAACUACUGUUAGCCUUCGUACUUAAUAUUGAUUUAAUUAAAAUGAAAUUGAAACGAUUAUAUUCGCAUCAAUUUCUUGUGAAAAAAAAGAUCUUAUUUUUAAUAAGCGCAACGCGACGCCGUCCAUUCCUUUUUCGGAACCUAGUUUUGAUAAAGUAGUUAGGAUUAUUUUAUUUUACUUUUUAUAACACUUGAAAUUUAAGAAAAGAAAAUAGAUUUUUUGGCUAUUUUAUAUUAGCAGUUUAGUUAAAAACAAAAGUGUUCUUAAACUACAUAUAUGUCAGCUAUAUGCAGUAAGUAGGUAUAUUACUUAUUGUACUGCAGGUUUCUUCAACUUUUUUAUAUUUUUAAUUUUGUAGUUGCGGCGACAUCGAACGACAUACAAAGUUAAGAUUUUUUUAGCUGAUGAUAGUCACUUAAAAUGUAACUUACCUCUAUUUAUUUUUAAUUUAUGGUGUUUGUUUUAAGUAAUUUAUCCCACUCCAUUUGAUAAAUAGUUUAUAAGACGAUUGCAUUUUAUUUUAUAUUUUAUUUUGUCACAGUGUUGUACUUAUCGAAAGGUUGUAUUUAUUAUCCAGGUACAUUGUUGUUUUGAUGCAAAUGUUUUUUUCUUAUAUUUUAUUUACGUGUAUGGUGUCGAAUUAUUAAAUAAAGUAUUACUAAUCGA